CCUCUCUGCUUCCUCUUGUACCUUCAAGUUAUUACAGAGAAUUUUAUCUGUGGUCAAACUACCGUUUAGACAAAGUUCUCCCACUAGCUACAGGAAACUAACCCCAAAAUGCUAACAUUCUUACCCUGGGAACAAUGCCUGAAAGAUUUGUGUGAGGUUGGUUCUCGCCUCAAAUUUAUUUACGUUUUUAUUUUACAACUUCACAUGCACUUUUGCCACUUAAGACACAAAUUUGAAAGCUGACUUUAGUUGGGAACAGCUUCUGUACCAGUUACCAGGCUGGAGAUUGUUUGUCUGAAUCAGCUCCUCACCUGGUCCCGUCACCCCUCUCCUUCUCCUAAUGCUCCCUUCCCUUCUCCUCUUCCCUCCCGCCCCUCCGCGGCCUCCCAUUGAGCGAACCCACAAAUCUCGCCCUGAGUGGGUCCGAGUUCUCCAUUCUCGCCGUCCUGGGGGUAGGGGGGUUGGCAGAAGUAAUAGGUCCACCACUUUGCCAAUACCCCCCGUCCCCGCCCUCUUUCGGAGCCAGCCCUGCCUCCCUCUCUCCACGGGUGGGACGGGAGGAGGACUCGGGGCUCCGACGGUCCCUCCCCGGGGCGGAGUUUGGGCACUUUUGGCGGGAGCGGAGUCGCAAAUAAAGAGCGGGAGCGGAGCGGAGCCCCGGAGAGCGGACACGGACGCCGCCCUGUCACCAUGCCUCAAGGAACCACAUCUGUGCUGGAGGAACUGCUGCCUGCGUUGUUGGAGGCCGAAGGCUGGUCACAAGACUGUGAGGAACUGCUGCAGAUACUGCCCACCCCUCCUCAGUCGCCCAAGGAGGGCCAGUCGUCAAGGUUGCCCUCCAAGUCAGACCAGCUGGAGCUGGUGUCGGAGCUGCUGCUGGAGGACGAGGACAUUGUAGAGCAAGGCCUGCAGUGGGAAUUGGAGUCUGUAACCCAGGAUGGAGUGUGGGGCAGCCUGCUAGCCCAGGCCGAGCUGGACUGGCUGACCGAGUCCCUGCCCUUCUCCAGCUCCCUGCUGGCAGACAUCGAGGCCCAGAUCUUUCAAACUCCAGUACUCAGCCCCCCACCACAGCACCCGGAGCCAGACAGUGAGGCCCCAUUCCCCUGUGAGGGCCUUCAGCCGCUCCCAACUGAUUCAGAUGAGGAGGUCGAUGUGGUCAAUGUUGAGAAGCUGUCUCUAGCAGAGCAAGGUGUCGCCUGCAAUGAAGUGACUACUGGGACCUGCUCACGGACUCUGUCCCUGGUCAGGCACUGUGCCCUGGACGUCCAUCAGCAACACAACUAUGCUGCUCCGUCACCCCUGCCAAAACGGGCCAGAGCAGACGGCUGCCUACACUCGGCCAAGACCAUUGGCUCGAGCUUCAGGCCCCGGGGACUGGACAUCGAGGAAGAGGAGCGUCGGAGGACACACAAUGUUCUGGAGAGGCAACGGAGGAACGAGUUGAAGCGUUGCCUGCUGGCUCUUCGGGACCAAAUGCCCGAUCUGUCCACCAACAGCAAAGCUUCCAAGGUGGUGAUCCUGCAGAAGGCCACGGAACUCAUUGGGCAGUUGCAGAGGGAGCAGCUCAGGCUGCAAGCUGAUAGAAACCGACUGCACAGGAAGCAGCAGCAGCUUCGACGCAAACUCCAGCGGCUCCGGCGAGUGGCCAAGUAAGAGAAGGCGUGUGCCGUUGCCCUGAGCCUCCUCUCACUUUCCUGCUGCAUGGACACAAAUAUUUGGGACGCUGCCUCACCUGGUGCUUGGCUCAGGAGUCCCAGCCUUGGCUUCACCAUCCUGUCAACAGGAGUUUGUUUCUUCCAGGCAGGGACUUGGCUUCUCUGUGUGGAUUGUGUUUCUUUCUGUCUUCAACCAUGUCACUGUUGUCCAGGUUUAGAGGCGUACUGAACAGUGCCAAUAUUUACAUCUGAAUGCUUCUGUCCACGAUUGGCCCUGCCAAGGACUUUCGCAUAGAGGAUGCAGAUGUGGAUGGGGCUGCUCAGGAUUCGUUCACUGAUGUGGUUAAACCUCUACCUUAGCAAACAUCCUGCUGCUUGAUAUUCACGUCGUGUCAACAUCUCCCCUCUCCUUGGAAAUGCCGAGGGGAUUCCACAGACCCCACCACCUGGCCAUCAGCAUUUGUGCCAUGGGCUGGGUCAGAGAGUGUCCGUUGGAUUGUCCUGGGUUGGGCUGGGUCAGAGAGUGUCUGUUGGACUGUCCUGGGUCGGUUCAGAGAGUGUCUGUUGGACUGUCCUGGGUCGGGCUGGGUCAGAGAGUGUCUGUUGGACUGUCCUGGGUCGGGUCAGAGAGUGUCUGUUGGACUGUCCUGGGUCAGGUCAGAGAGUGUCUGUUGGACUGUCCUGGGUCGGGCUGGGUCAGAGAGUGUCUGUUGGACUGUCCUGGGUCGGGCUGGGUCAGAGAGUGUCUGUUGGACUGUCCUGGGUCGGGCUGGGUCAGAGAGUGUCUGUUGGACUGUCCUGGGUCGGGCUGGGUCAGAGAGUGUCUGUUGGACUGUCCUGGGUCGGGCUGGGUCAGAGAGUGUCUGUUGGACUGUCCUGGGUCGGGCUGGGUCAGAGAGUGUCUGUUGGACUGUCCUGGCUUAUACCCUUGCAUGACCGUAGUUCCUGACUUUGUGUUAUUUUGCUGCUGAUGAUUUAUCACCAGGCUGUGCACUGGUUCUGUUCUGUUUCUUUGAACAGUGUCUGUUGUUAUUAUUACAGAGACGUUGUUUGAUGUUUGUACCCUGGGCUUUAAGUUAUUUGUCUCUUCCUCUCUGGGUGGUUCUGUUGCUGCUGUCUGAGUGUCUGGUACCGGAUGUCUCUUCUGUACAAAGCACUUUCUGUUCAGCAACCUGGCCACCAAUAAUUUCAGUAUUUCACAAUGAAAUAAACAUAUUCAAGUUUAAAGGAAGUGAGUAUGUGC